CGCCUUCCGGCAGGGCGAAACCUCUCCGAUCAGCUGAAGGUUAUCUCGGGCGGGGCCGCUCGGGCGGGCACGGGGGGAGCGCGAGAAAGGCGGAGUCGGACCGCGAGAGAGCCCACCUCCGGAGGGAUGCCAGAACCAGUCAGAAGGGUGCAGCGCGGGCUCCUCUAUUUAGUGCCCGGCGGGGGGAGUGUAUGUGUGCCUCCGCUGGCGUCUGUUUGUGCCCGUAGCCGCUAUGCGGGAUUACGAUGAGAUCAUCGCCUUCCUGGGUGAGUGGGGCCCCUUCCAGCGCCUCAUCUUCUUCCUACUCAGCGCCAGCAUUAUCCCCAAUGGCUUCAACGGCAUGUCUGCCGUUUUCCUAGCCGGCACUCCCGAGCACCGGUGCCGGGUGCCCGCCAGCGCAAACCUGAGCGCGGCGUGGCUCAACGCCAGCAUCCCCCUGGAGGAGCGCGACGGGCGGCAGGUGCUGAGCCAGUGCAGGCGCUACCGCCUCGAAGCCCUCAUCAAUUUCUCUGCCUGGGGUCUGGAGCCCGGCCGCGAUGUCGAUCUUAGCCAAGUGGAGCAGGAGACGUGUCUGGACGGCUGGGAGUAUAGCCGGGAGGUUUAUCUUUCCACGAUCGUCACGGAGUGGAAUCUCGUAUGUGAAAAUGACUGGAAAGCUCCCCUAACUACAUCUUUGUUCUUCGUGGGUGUGCUGCUUGGAUCUUUUAUAUCUGGACAACUCUCAGACAAGUUUGGCAGAAAGGCUAUUCUAUUUGCAACCAUGAGUGUGCAGACAGGUUUCAGCUUCCUCCAGAUCUUCUCAACCAGCUGGGAAAUGUUCACAGUGCUUUUUCUUAUAGUUGGCAUGGGGCAGAUUUCAAAUUACGUUGUGGCCUUCAUAUUAGGCACAGAAAUUCUUGGCAAAACAGUUCGUAUUAUAUUCUCUACGUUAGGAGUUUGCAUAUUUUUUGCAAUUGGCUACAUGUUGCUGCCACUAUUUGCUUACUUCAUCAGAGAAUGGCGGAUGCUGCUACUGGCUCUUACUGUCCCGGGGGUGUGCUGCAUUCCACUGUGGUGGUUUAUUCCUGAGUCUCCUCGAUGGCUGAUCUCUCAAGGAAGAUUUGGAGAAGCUGAAGCUAUUAUUCGGAAGGCUGCAGAAACAAACAGGAUUCCAGCCCCAGCAGUACUUUUAGACCCACGGGAGAUAGAAGAUUUGAAAGCCAAGCAACAUCAAGGUGUGCUUUCGGACUUGUUCAGAUCACGAAACAUUGCAAUUAUGACGAUUAUGUCUCUUCUUUUAUGGAUGUUUACAUCUAUUGGCUAUUUUGGCUUGUCCCUCAGCACACCCAAUCUGCAUGGAGAUGCCUACUUCAAUUGUUUCCUCUCAGCAGUCAUUGAGGUCCCAGCCUACGUGAUUGCUUGGCUUCUCCUACGGAUCUUACCUCGACGUUAUACAAUAUCUGGCACCCUUUUCUUAGGAGGGAGUGUUGUUUUGUUCAUACAGCUAGUACCUCCAGAUCUUCACAUUCUGUCUCUCAUCUUAGUGAUGCUGGGGAAAUUUGGGAUCACAUCUGCCUUCUCCAUGCUUUAUGUCUACACUGCAGAACUCUACCCAACCACAGUAAGAAACAUGGCAGUGGGUGCUGCUUCCAUGUCGUCCCGGGUGGGCAGCAUUAUUGCACCGUACUUUGUUUUUCUGGGUGCCUAUGGUAGAUUUCUGCCUUACAUCCUCAUGGGCAGCCUAACAGUAUUGAUAGGGAUUCUCACCCUCUUCUUUCCGGAAAGUUAUAGGAACCCUCUGCCAGAGACAUUUGAUGAGAUGCUACAAAUUAAAGGAUUCAGAAACAGAAAACACCUCUACAAAGUAGAAAAUUCAGAGCAAAAUCAGAACAAAAUUCAGACCACGAAGAAUCUGAGAUCAUUUUGAUCGUAACAAUUGAAUGGACAAAUUCAUGGUUAAAGAUACAUGGAAGUCAGUAACACUACCAGAGAGACUUGUCCUAAUGAUCCUGCAGUUCUUAAAAACACUGAUGCACCAAAUAUGUGGAAUCGCUGUUAAAUUGCUGUGUUGGCAUAGGUUACUUUUAUCAGUAACUAUUUCUGUACCUUGGUUUGGGAUUUGCAUUUUUGUGAGAUCUUGAGUAUUUUCAUUUCUUCUUGAGGUGUAGGUAUUAUUUUAUUGUUGUAUAUGUAUUUUUAUACUUCGACAUUUUUAGUUCAUAAUACGUGUUUCUUUGAACUCCAAACAUCACUUUAAAAUGCUGUAAAGUUUGGAUUAAGGAACUACAAUGUUAUGCUUUAGAAGAUGAAUGGCAGAAUCUUUUGUGCAUAGAGCUUUAUCGUCUAAGGCUCACUUGAAAAAUCUUUAAAAGAAGAAUAACUUUAAAGGAAAAAAAUUGACUAUAAUAAAAUGUAAUUGUAAACUUUAAAAGAUAUUUUUAAAAGUGAAGCACAUGUUUUGAAAUCUGUGAAAUACUUAUUAGAAAUAAACUAUAACAAUAUUUUCCUCCAUCAACCAGAAAAUAGCUCUGAAAAUCCAGUCUUAAAACCAACGAUCGUUAGCUCGUUGUGCUGUAUCUUUUAGGAAAUUUGCCUGUCAAAGAGAGAACAAUGCCUACAUUAUGUAGACACAGUUUCUCCACUCUUUGCAUUCUAGUUAUUUAUAUGAUAUAAACCAAAUUUAUUCACUGGGCCCAAAUGCAGCUUUUUAAUCGAUUAUUUUCUUCAGUGAGAAAUAUUAUAAAUCAGGUAAUACGUUGGAUGUAGUAGGUCAGCCUGCCAGAAGAAACAGAAUUGUUUACCUAUUUUAGGUUUUUUUAGGGCAUGAUAAUGCAAGUACUUAAAGAUGAUAGCACAUAUAAGCUUGCGAGCAAAUCCUCUGCUGAGAAAGUAACAUUGAUAAGAUAGUGAUUAAGAUCAGGUAUUCAGACAAGCAUCGGGAUAGCAAUUUGUUACCCAUUUAACCCUGAAAUUCCUUCUCUUGUUUUUUGCCAGCAAAAUCAUAUGCCUACAUCUAUUUCUUGGUUUAAUGACUCAAAAUGGCUGUUUUGCUGAGAAACAUUUGUGUAAAAAUGCCAAGUACUGUAAUUCAUAUGUUACCAGCAUCAUGUGAUGAAACUGGCUUUCCUGGUUUUACUGCUUGAGUACCAUUCCUGGUAAUGUAUUAAUCAAAUUUAAUUCAUAAAGAAGUAUGCAACCCAUUUCUUAUCUUUAAAGCUCAAAGUUAUAACUGUAGCAAAUCUGCACAGUAUGCUGUGCUUUUAUACCAGUAAUCUGAACACAGUAUGUUUUGUUAUAAUACUAUUAGUUCAGAACAAUUUGUUUUAUGAUCUUAGCCCAACCUUCUCCAACGUAGUGAUCCCAAGAUAAUGUUGGCUAUUGAUGAGAGUGAUGGAGUUUAUAUUCCAAUACAUCUUAUGGACAAGACAAUUUUGGGCAUUAUCUGUGAUGGAUAAGGCUUCAGGAAGGCUGCCCUAGAUUUUAGAUGGAGCAAAAGAUUUAAAUAUGACAAGGAAACUCUUUAUAAAAGCAGCUUCUUCUCUCUGGAAACUUUAGGUUGAUAGCUUCACAUUCUACAUGGAGGACCAGUAUCAACCUUGGAAAAGAACGGCAAAAGACAGCCACAGAACUCUAACAGAGUUCUUACAUUUAAAUCAACCCUGAUCUGCAGGUGACAAAUUCAGGACUAGUACCUCCUGUUCCUUGUAGGAGAGCACUGUAAAUAACUUGGUUUGCCUUAUGAAUCUUGUGCAGUGAAGAUAGCAUUUUGUUAAUGUAUGCUAUGUUCAUUUCUUUUUUAAUUUUUUAUGGUUCUGGUAUAACACAUUUCCAUAAUCUAAUAUGUACAUGACUCUUCUAGUAUCUCAAGUUAUUUAUAAGAUUGCCAGUUUCUGACCAGAAACUAUAGUUCUGGAUCCACAGUAGUUCCUUUAGUUUUUACCUAUGGCAAACUGGCAGGAUUCUGAAACACUUCUUAGAAAAAAGAACCCUAUGCUAAUUGCUUUCUCAGCAAAAAUCUUGUCAGAUAAAAAUGUUUAAUAAUGUGCUGUAAUCUGGCAAUAUAUAACAUAUUAUAUAUAAAUAUUUUAAACAAAACAGUGGAUUCCUAUAGAGUUUUACAUUGUUUUAAUUGUCACGAUUUCCAAAACAAUAUUUGUAGUACUUGUUUGGACAACCUAGUUCUCCCAGAGUUUCUUCAUUGUGUAAGAGUCUCUCGAUUUUUAGUUAAUUUCCAAUUUAGAAAACUGCACUUUCUAGAAGAUUGUGACAUUGAAAUUUUGUUUUUCAUUUUUGGAGGGAUCACUUUUGUAAAGAGUAUUACACUAUUACCUGAUCUAGCGCAAGUUGUAAGGAUAUUUUAGCCUUUUAAGAUAAAUCCUUAGUUUCCUGUAACAUAGCUUUCAUCUAAUGAGGUCCAAUUUAGUAGUUGAAGAAAUUCCACUGAAGAAAGUGGCAAUUGUAUUUCUUUUUGCAUUUCAUUACUAGUAACUGAAGAUUUAUAACAUAUAUAUAAAUAUAUAACAAAACUCAAGAUUUUUAAGUUCUACAGUAUUGGUCCUAUAAUUACUUAUUUUGAGGAAAUAUUUUUCAGUAAAAUGUACAUUCUUUGCCAAUAUAGAUUCUUCUCAGGGAUUUUCCAGAUAGUUACUGCAAUCUCCCAAAGACAGUAAAUGGAAGAAGGACCAAGGGGAGUCAUUUUCCCAUUUUAUUCCUUACUUUAUCUUGUUUCUUCUGUAAAACAUAAGUGGUGCUAGUCAAAGCUUUGAUUUUAUCUUCUGGUGGCCAGUGUACACAAUUUUGUUUCGUUCAGUAAAACACGGUUCGCCAGGCAUGCAAGCAGGGAAUCAGUAGUUCAGUACAGCUCCACUUUUGCUACUGCCUUGAAGGACACUAAAAAGAAAUCUGGCUCCUAGUAGGUUGCAAUAAAAGGCUACAAGUUAUAAAUCAAGCUGAACAAAUGCCAUUUAACUGUUAAUUUUGUAAAGUGCCUUGUAGUCGUGUUUGGUGGUGGUCUCUGUUGAAAAAGAAAA